CCUCCCCUUCUCCUGUUUGCCUCGCAGUCUGAGCUACUGCGUUUCGGCUUGAGUGUGUGAGUGUGUGUGUGUCCCUGCAGGCCGGACUCAUGGCCUCGCCGCUGCGAUUCGACGGGCGGGUGGUACUGGUCACCGGCGCGGGGGGAGGACUGGGCCGAGCCUAUGCCCUGGCGUUUGCAGAAAGAGGUGCAUCAGUUGUUGUGAACGACUUGGGAGGGGACUUCCGGGGCUUUGGUAAAGGGUCCUCUGCUGCUGACAAGGUUGUUGAAGAAAUACGAAGUAAAGGAGGGAAAGCUGUGGCCAACUACGAUUCUGUAGAAGCAGGAGAGAAACUCGUGAAGACAGCACUGGAUGCUUUUGGAAGAAUAGAUGUUGUGGUCAACAAUGCUGGAAUUCUGAGGGACGGUUCUUUUGCUAGAAUAAGUGAUGAAGACUGGGAUAUAAUCCACAGAGUCCAUUUGCGAGGCUCGUUCCUAGUGACCCGGGCGGCAUGGGUUUAUAUGAAGAAACAGAAGUUUGGGAGGAUUAUUAUGACUGCAUCAGCCUCGGGCAUAUAUGGCAACUUUGGCCAGGCCAAUUAUAGUGCUGCGAAGCUGGGUAUUCUGGGCCUUUCCAACUGUAUUGCACUUGAAGGCAAGAAAAGCAACAUUCACUGUAACACUAUUGCCCCCAUGGCCGGAUCCCGGAUGACCCGGACAGUUAUGACCGAAGAGCUCCUGGAAGCUUUGAAGCCUGAUUACGUGGCCCCCCUGGUCCUCUGGCUUUGCCACGAGAGCUGUGAGGAGAACGGCGGCUUGUUCGAGGUUGGAGGAGGAUGGAUUGGAAAAUUGCGCUGGGAGCGGGCCCUGGGCGCCGUCGUGCGGCAGAAGAAUAAGCGCAUGACCCCCGAGGCGGUGCAGGCUGACUGGAAGAAGAUCUGUGACUUCGAGAACGCCACCAAGCCGCAGAGGAUUCAAGAAUCCGUCGGCGGGAUAAUUGGAGUUGUAAGUAAGAUCGACUCCGGUGGAGGAGUGUCAACAAACCACACGAGUCAGACGGCGUCACCAGCGGUAUCGGGAUUUGCUGGAGUCAUUGGCUAUAAAUUCCCUCCAUUUUCUACUGCUUACACGGAGCUGGAAACUAUUAUGUAUGCCCUUGGCGUGGGGGCAUCGGUGAAGGAGCCAAAAGAUAUGAAGUUUAUAUAUGAAGGAAGCUCUGAUUUCUCCUGCUUGCCUACGUUUGGAGUUAUUAUCGCUCAGAAACCCAUAGUAGGUGGAGGGCUAGGAGAGAUUCCUGAGCUUCCGGUCAGCUUGGAGAAGGCUCUCCAUGGGGAGCAAUACUUGGAGUUAUACAAACCACUUCCCAGAUCAGGAACCUUUAAAAGUGAAGCUGUUGUUGCUGAUGUCCUAGAUAAAGGAUCUGGUUUAGUAAUUCUUAUCGAUGUCUAUUCUUAUUUUGAGAAGGAACUUGUGUGUUAUAAUCAGUUCUCUGUCUUCAUCGUUGGCUGUGGUGGCAUUGGUGGGAAACGGACAUCAGACAAAGUCAAGGAAGCUGUGGCCGUGCCUGCUAGACCUCCUGAUGCUGUGCUUUCGGACACCACCUCCCUCAAUCAGGCUGCCUUGUACCGCCUCAGUGGCGACUGGAAUCCCUUACACAUUGAUCCUGACUUCUCAGGUCUUGCUGGUUUUGACAGGCCCAUAUUACAUGGAUUAUGUACGUUUGGGUUUUCUGCCAGGCACGUUUUACAGCAGUUUGCAGAUAAUGAUGUGUCAAGAUUCAAGGCAAUUAAGGUUCGUUUUUCAAAACCAGUAUAUCCAGGACAGACUCUAAAAACUGAGAUGUGGAAGGAAGGAAAUAGAAUCCAUUUCCAAACCAAGGUCCACGAAACUGGGGACAUCAUCAUUUCACAUGCGUACGUGGAUCUUGUGCCAGCUCCUGCCAUUUCAGCUCAGAUGCCCUCUGAGGGUGAGGAGCUCCAGAGCACCCUGGUGUUUGAGGAAAUAGGUCGCCGCCUUCAGGAUAUCGGGCGUGAGGCGGUGAAGAAAGUGGGUGCCGUGUUCGAGUGGCACAUCACUAAAGGGGGAAAUGUUGCAGCCAAGUGGACUAUUGACCUAAAAAAUGGUUCUGGAAAAGUGUAUCAAGGCCCUGCGGAAGGCUCUGCGGACACGACCUUUAUACUUUCAGACGAAGAUUUCAUGGAGGUGGUGCUGGGCAGGCUUGACCCUCAGAAGGCGUUCUUCAGUGGCAGACUGAAGGCCAGAGGGAACAUCUUGCUGAGCCAGAAGCUUCAAGUGAUUCUCAAAGACUAUGCCAAGCUGUGAAGGACACGCCACCUUAUUAAUGAUAAGACUAGAGAACUCAGAUACUCUCUUCACCCAGAUACGCAGAUGUGAUCACAGCUAAGAUACAGGGGACUUUGCCUAACAUUUUCAGAUUUUAGAUAACUUUUCAGAUUUUAAUUUUGUACUAACUUUUCAUGUGAUCAUUAUUUUUACAAUGAACUCUAAGCUAGCAUGUAAUUAUCUUUCUGUUCGUAGAGCUCUAUCUUCAGAAUAAAAAAUUUUCACCGUCUUUAGCACUGCGAUAGCAUUUAUAAGUGGAAAGGAAAAUUAAAUGAGGAAAGUUCCUUGAUGUCUUUUGGACUUUGGCUAACUUCUGUUCUCUAAUGUAUUGGUUCCCCAGUUUUAACAUGAAUUGUCACAUGUAUUCACUUAUUUUUCAUCCUUUGCUAUGAUGGUGUUCUGCUUUAAAGCAGGAAGACAGUCUUUUGUUCCCAAAUAGUUUUCCUUCUUCUCACCUUGGCUCUGUUGAAAUUUAAUUUUCAUAUAAUGCCUGUAAAUCUACCACAAUUAAGAAUUUUCUUGUUUAAUCAGUAAUCUACAACAAAUAGGUCACAUGCAAGUCCUGUCACAUUGGUCUUUUCGCCACGGUCUCUUCCGGAUGAAGUGUGCUGAGGAGAUGCCUUCUGAGGGGUCCGCUGCAGAGGCGACCAGCAAGCGGGUGCCGAGGUCAGAGAUGGGGUGAAGUCCGGUCGUGGAGCACGGCUGGGAACACACGUGCGUAGGGGGCUGUUAGAGGCUGCACUCCUGGCUACCGGCCUUGGACAUGGAGACCUACGGCAGGAUGUUUUUGGAGGUGUUGUUGGGAUCAACACCUGGGUAGGGAGUGGCAAAUGGAGGAGGCAGAGAGAGAAGAGAGGAGGCAGUGGUGCCCUGCAGCAUCGCCCUGCGCUAAUAGGCACCGAUGACGGCCUGCCCUGCGGAGGGGCCGUGGCCCGGGGCUGAGGAGUGCGCCCAGAGUCCCCUGAUGACCUGCUCAGUUGCUCGGGGACCGUCUGCAGUCCCAAGUAGGGCUUCUGGAAGCAUGGCCUGGCACUUCGCUCAGGAGAGAAGACCGAAGGAACUAGAGCUCAGGGGUCAAGGGGAACAGGCUCAGAAACGUGGAGUUGGAAUAUUUACCCAGUGGGGGAACAGGGAGGCGCACCUCAAUAUCGUUGACUUACUGAAUGAGCAGGACCUCGAAGAGAAGUUACCUAUCGGGCAAUUACGCCUCAGUCUCAUGAUCUCUGUAUGGUAUCCUAAAAUUAACUAUAAUUCAGAGUGAUUUAUUGUUACACCAAUUAAACUUGUUUUUAAAGUGGCA